AUUGUGUACCGACGACGAAUCUCUCAUUCCGAGAGCGACUGGCCAGUGUCCGUGAACUUGACCGUACAGAAGAAAAGCUAGCAGCAGAAAUUCGUGCUCGUGUCAUACCUAGCAUAAACGCAGUGAUUGGGAGACAUACAACGUGGUAAACAUGUUUACACUUUUGAUGAUAUGCGCCCUUGCGGGUGGAACAACUGCUGGAUUCGCUAGCAGCCAAUAUGCCGGAGCCGGUUUCAACGGGGGCUUCGCAUCCAACUACGUCGGACCGAAUGUAGCGGGUGCGGCGGCCGGAACCGGUGCUUUCACACCUGGUUUUGCCCCCUACCAACCGAUACCGGCUUUUCCGAAUGCCUUCGAUUUCAACAGCUUCUUCCAGGGACUGCAAGCUAACUUCGCUAACUCAGCAGCUGCUACUCAGGCCUUCGCCACCAGAGGAGCAACGGCAACUGCAUCAGCGUCUCAGUAUGGCCAGUAUCCACCAUACCCGCAGGAGCAACAGUUUCAAGAGCGAGUACAUCCGGAUCAGGAAUAUAGAACUAAUAUCCCUUAUUCUCAUCAAAACUACGAUGGCUAUAAUAACUUCUUCGAUCCCAAUAAUUUGUACCAGCAGCAAUUGGCACAUCAGAAUGCUCUCUUCAAUAGCAUCCGUCAGCAGCAGGCCGCAUUUGCAGCCAAUGCCAAUAGUGGAAACUAUGGUGGUGCCACUGGCGGUGGCGGCAGCGGUGGCAACGGAGCAGGGUUUGGAGCAGCCGGAGCUUCGGCAUCCUACGGACCAUCGGGAUUCCAUCAGACAGCGCACAUUUUCCCGGAAAAUCCGUCAUCGCCCAAUAUAAACACGCGUUUCGGAAGUGACGCUCCGCCUGGGGGUCCUGGAUUUGUUGGUGUGUCCAGCUUUUCGUCUUCCUCUAAUAUCAAUGGACAGUCGCACCGCGAGGCCGCAACCACAGUGAAUGACAAUGGAAAGGUUACAAGCUAUCAUGUUCGCUCGUAAAGGCGAUGACAUACGAUCGUUGGGGGAUAACACGUAUGGUUAGAAAUAUUGAUCUGAAUUUACACUCGAAUUGCGGCAGUGAACGUUACAAGCAAUUGUGACGGAGCAAGAGCCAAGAUGUAUCAAACAGGAUAACAGCCUAACACAGCCUGUAUCUGUAGAAUGACUAAUUUCUGGAACUCAUUUGAUAAACGAUUAAAUAUGUG